AUGGCUCACCAAUCUUCUCUUCUUCUUCUUCUAAUAACCAUCUUCCUCCCUCUCCAUCUCCCCUUCUCGGCCGCCGCCAACGUCAGAGGCGGCUACUGGUUCCCCGGCGGCGGGUUCCCGAUCUCCGCCAUAGAGUCGACCCUUUUCACACACCUAUUCUGCGCGUUCGCCGACCUAGAUCCUUCCACCUAUGGAGUCACCAUUUCUCCUGAGAACCAGCCUCAAUUUUGGAACUUUACUCCGACGGUGGCGAAAAGGAACCCUUUGGUGAAGACCCUUCUGUCGAUCGGCGGGGCAGGGGCCAAUUCCUCUGCUCUGGCUUACAUGGCGGGAAACCCGACGGCCCGCCAGGUGUUCUUCAAUUCGUCCAUGGGCCUGGCCCGGAGUUACGGCUUCGAUGGGCUUGAUUUGGACUGGGAGUUUCCUAGAUCGGGGAAAGAGAUGGCGGAUUUUGGGACGUUGGUGGAUGAGUGGAGAGUUGCUGUGAAUGUUGAGGCUGUUAGGUCCGGGAAGCCGCCGUUGAUUCUCUCGGCGGCGGUUUACUACUCGCCGUUUUACUCGUCGCCGUUGGUUGCUUACCCGACUCAGAGCAUAUCAAACAGUUUGGACUGGAUCAACGUGAUGGCCUACGAUUUCUACGCCCCGGGGUGGUCGCCGAACAUAACCGGACCACCCGCUGCCCUGCACAACCCGGACCAACCCAUCAACGUAGACAUUGGGAUCACAACUUGGAUUCAACAGGGUUUGCCCGCAGAGAAAGUGGUCCUUGGCCUUCCCUUCUACGGCUACGCCUGGAGUCUCGUCGACUCGAACCAGACCGGCCUCUACGUACCGGCUAACGGGACGAACCAACCGUGGGGUGGAGCAAUGACCUAUAACCAGAUCAAUCAGUUCAUUGCACAGCAAAACGGUACGAAUAACGUGUUCAAUGCGACUGUCGUUUCGCAGUACUGCUACAAUGGCACCACGUGGAUUGGCUAUGAUGGUCUUGGUAGCAUAUUUGGAAAAGUUCUGUAUGCGAAGACGAAAGGGUUGGGUGGUUAUUUUGCUUGGCAUGUUGGUGCUGAUGAUGAUUGGAGCCUCUCAACUACAGCCUUGCAGACAUGGGGAGGAGCUUAA